UGUAUUAACAUGAUAGAACAUGUGGCUGUUAAGAUGAAAAAAACGGUGAUAUCUAAAAUAAAGAACAACGGGUCUCUCCUUAGUAUUACAGUAGAUGAAAGCAGUGCAUUUGGCAUUAGUUAUCUGGUCAUUUAUAUAAGAGCAGAUGUCACGGGUAGAGGGGAUAUGGAGAACAUAUUCCUUGACCUUGUUGAACUUGAUGAGGGAACAACAGCAGAAAAUGUAUAUAAGGCACUUAAGAACAGUCUGAUGAUGGCAAAACUGGAUGAUGAGUAUUUGAAGAAUCAUCUCAUCAGUAUCGCCACUGAUGGAGCAGCAGUGAUGACCGGAAAAGACAGUGGCCUCAUUGCAAGCAGUUACAGCACAGUGAAGGCAGUCUGGAAGGAUUUCCCAGCUCUUGCACAGCAGAUGAGAGCAGCAUCCGAAGACCGCACGUACACUGAUGCUGAGAGAAAGAAGUACACUGGGAUGCUGAACAGACUGACCAGCACAGGCUUUGUUACAGACCUAGCCAUCAUGAGAGAUGUGCUUCAGGAACUUAAAAGUCUUUCACUGAAACUGCAAAAGAGCAGUACCUCCCUAACAGAUGCCAGCCGGGACAUUAGACUGACAAUGGAGAUUUUGGAUGCCAUGAAGACACAAGGAGGAAUGUCAAUGAGAGAAGCAAAAGCAUCUUUGAUGGAGGGAACCUUUAAGGGAGUAGCCUUGAAGGAAAGCACAGAGAAGGUAAAUCAGCUUCAGUUCUUUCAGGCAGUGAUCGACAACCUGUCAAGUCGUCUUCCAGAUUCUGAACUCACAAAGUUAUUGAAACCAUUAGACCCUCACAUCUGGCCCAAAACAAGAGAUGAACUGAUCUUGUAUGGGGAGGACGAGAUAUAUGAACUUGCAAAGGAUCUGGGUGAACCCGCCAGAGAGGCUGUUGAAGAUUUCCGUUCCUGGAAACUGCAAAAGGAUCAAAGUGGGAAGGCCUUAAGAAGAUUGAUAGUUGCAAGCCAAACAUAUCUAGCAACUUCAGCAGAGUGUGAACGAGGGUUUUCUGCCAUGAAUAAUACAGCCAGUAAGACAAAAAAUCGCCUGAGGGUCAGAAGUCUCUCAGCUGUCUUGUUCGUCGACAUUAAUGCACCCCCAUUGGAGAUGUUCGACCCUAAACCUUUUGUGAUGUCCUGGCUUAAAGAAGGGCACUGCCCAUCUACUGCAAAGAAGGCAGCAAAGGAAGCAAAGAAUAAGAGAGAAGACAGACCACUGUGGUCCAUUAUGUGUUGAUGUUGGACCUCCUUUAAAGGUCUAGAGCAGGGGUGCCCGCCCAGUCCUGCUCCUGGAGAGCUACUGUUCUGUAGGUCUUCUCUCCAACCCCAGUUAACCCUAACCUGAUGAAGUUGUUAACAAAUAAAUAAAAUAUGUGCCUAGUCACUUAACAUGUUGAUUUUGA